AUGUCCACACCUCGUCGAAACAAACGACCACGGUCUCCCUCCCCAGAUGUUGGCUCUUCCCCUCCUCGACCAGCAACACCACCAGCGGCCAAAAGCGAUGACCUCCCACCCUCGUCACCGCCUGCCCCAUUUUCAGACACAGAUGAGAGCCUAGAUGAGCGUGACGCGGUCCAGAAUAUCGACGACGAUGAAGACGAUGCUGAAGGAGAAGAUCUAUUCGGAGAGGGGAUGGUAAACGACUACACCACAAACGAACUUCAAGACCAGUACUCAGACGGAGAUAUUAACGAUGAAGAGGACCUCGAGGAACUCACCAUGGCGGAAAGACGGAUCGUCGAAGCCAGAAUGGCGCGUCGAGACAGGAGAGAGGCUGGAGGUCGACGUGCUGGAGCUAGGAGACGAGGCCAAUUCAUUGACGACGAUGAUAUGGAUGGAGGUGAUGAAGAUGAGGAAGAACUUGGUCGUAUGGCAAGACGUACUCGACGCCAGUAUGACGAGCGACGCGACAUCGACGAUAUGGAAGGAAUUGAAGGGGAAAUCCCCUACGAGCAAUUGGCUGAUAUCAAAGACAGCUCUAUCGCAGAAUGGGUUGCCCGUGAUCUUGUCCGUCGCUCUAUCGCAAAACACUUCCGCCAGUUCUUAACAACGCACACUGACGAACAUCAUGCCUCCGUUUACGGGCAACGAAUUCGCACGUUGGGUGAAAAUCAAGCCGAGUCCCUGGAAGUUUCUUAUACUCAUCUCGCCAAAUCAAAAUCCGUCCUAGCAUAUUUCCUUCUCAAUGCACCGGUUGCAAUGCUCGACAUUUUUGACCAGGUUGCGCUGGAGGCUAUUCUUGUCUACUUCCCUGAAUACAAGAGGAUCCACCAAGAAAUUCAUGUCCGUAUAUGUGACCUGCCGGUGGCCUACUCUCUGCGAGACCUUCGCCGCACCCACCUCAACCAACUCGUCCGCGUAUCUGGGGUUGUCACCCGUCGAAGCGGCGUGUUUCCUCAACUCAAAUAUGUUAAAUUUGAUUGUCGCAAAUGCGGAGUAACGCUCGGCCCCUUCUACCAGGAUGCAACACGCGAGGCCUCUGAAAUAAAAAUCAGCUUUUGUGGCAAUUGCGAAAGUAAAGGACCGUUCCCGGUCAACUCUGAGCAGACUGUCUAUCGCAAUUAUCAAAAGUUGACCCUGCAAGAAUCUCCGGGCUCUGUUCCUGCAGGUCGUCUACCCCGUCAUCGCGAGGUGAUCCUGUUGUGGGAUCUUAUUGACAGCGCCAAACCAGGCGAGGAAGUGGAAAUUACUGGUAUCUACCGAAAUAACUUUGAUGCCUCUCUCAACGCUAAGAACGGCUUCCCCGUUUUCUCAACGAUUAUCGAAGCCAACCAUGUCAACAAGAAAGAAGACUUGUUCGCCGCAUUCCGCCUCACUGUCGAGGACGAACGAGAAAUCCGAAACCUCGCACGCGAUGAACGAAUCCGGAAACGGAUUAUAAAGUCGAUCGCACCGUCCAUCUAUGGACAUGAAGACAUCAAAACUGCGAUUGCGCUUUCAUUGUUUGGCGGGGUUCCCAAGGAUAUUGAUCGCAAAAUGCGUAUUCGUGGCGACAUCAAUGUACUUCUGCUAGGCGACCCUGGUACAGCCAAGUCGCAGUUCCUCAAAUAUGCAGAGAAAACUGCACACCGGUCUGUGUUUGCGACUGGACAGGGUGCCUCUGCUGUCGGUCUUACUGCCAGCGUACGCAAAGACCCGAUAACGCGUGAAUGGACACUCGAGGGCGGGGCUUUGGUCCUCGCUGACAAGGGAACAUGUCUUAUCGACGAAUUUGACAAGAUGAACGACGCGGACCGGACGUCGAUCCACGAAGCUAUGGAGCAGCAGACAAUAUCCAUUUCCAAGGCUGGGAUUGUGACAACACUCCAGGCUCGGUGCGCGGUCAUUGCUGCAGCGAAUCCUAUUCGCGGUCGAUACAACCCAACCAUACCAUUCCAACAAAACGUGGAGCUGACGGAACCCAUUUUGUCUCGCUUUGACGUGCUUUGCGUGGUGAAGGACAAUGUGGAUCCCGUUGCAGACGAGCUUUUGGCGCGAUUCGUUGUGGGGAGUCACCUUCGCAGCCACCCGACCUUCCAAAAGGACAAGGAUGAGAUGAAUGUCGGGACAACACUCGACGCAGAUAUAAUACCGCAAGACAUGCUCCGCAAGUAUAUUAUGUACGCGCGCGAGAAGAUCCAGCCCAAGCUAUAUGCUCUGGAUCAGAACAAGCUCGCGGACUUGUUUGCGGACUUGCGCCGGGAAUCGCUCGCGACUGGCUCUUUCCCCAUCACUGUUCGCCAUCUGGAGAGCAUGAUUCGAAUGGCAGAGGCCAGCGCGAAAAUGGCUCUCCGAGAGUUUGUUCGGGCAGACGACAUUGACCUUGCAAUCGAAGUUGCUGUCGGUAGCUUCAUCAACGCGCAAAAAAUGAGUAUCAAGAAGACGCUUCAAAGGGGCUUCCGCAAAUAUCUGACGCAAAGCAAGGAUCAUGAAGAGCUACUUGCGUUCUUACUCGGUGGACUGGUCAAAGACAAGGCCCGGUUAUACCAGCUCCAACGACAUGAGCAGCCGACGCUAGUGAGCGUCAAACUUUCUGAGCUUGAAGCAAGGGCCAAGGACCACGAAAUCUUUGACAUUUCGCCCUUCUUGCGGUCCAAGCUGUUCACCACGAAUGGGUACAAGGUCCAAAACGGGGUCAUUGAGAAGAGAUUCGGGGCGAGUUAG